CUUACAACCAAGAGAUCACAUUCACAAGCCAGCCUGCACAGGGCCAGUGGAUUAUAUACUAUCUUACUACACAUACUUAUGUUGAGACACUAGGAAACACAUUUGGUUGGGAGCUUAUACUAACUUGAGAGGGGCCAAUCAUCUGUCAUGGAGGAGCCUGAACAGGACAUCAGGGAGAAGCUGGCAGGUGAAAAUGAACAAGGCAUGAAUACGAAUCCACACUUGUCAACUGAUCCAUGUAAUGGCAAAACUGACACCACCAUGGGUCAAGCGCUGGUGCUUAAAGUAAGAAUUCAGAACUCCAAAGAAAAUGACUUCAUUGAAAUUGAACUGCACACACAAGAGCUGAGUUACCAGAACCUACUUCAAGUGAGCUGCUGUGAACUGGGGAUCCACCCAGAGCAAGUGGAGAAGAUAAGGAAGCUGCCAAACACGCUGCUCAGAAAGGACAAAGACAUUCAAAGACUCCAAGACUUUCAGGAGAUAGAGCUCUUGGUGAAGAGCGGGAAGUAUGAGCGCACCCAGCACCCGACGUCACCUCUUACAGAGAGGCCCUGCUACAACAGCGAAGCUGCAACACUGACUUACUAGUUCCAGAAGAACGGGGUCUGCAGUCACCGUCAACCAUGAGGCCUAGACCCACGUGACAAUUAGCUAACCACACCUGAACUUUGGAAAAUUUCCUCGCUUUCAAGCUCUCUGAGCAGUAGCCAAGUGUAUUUUGAAGUGCUGCACCCCAAUACUGACACUCAAGUACGGAGCUGCACAUACACCCAGUCCCACUUACCUAUGAAGCGGAAUGACUUAGGAUCUGAGUAAACAAUCGACUUAAGGCUAAGACAACUUGUGAAAACAGCUUACGUCACUGCAGCUGGUGGCGGCUUCACUAGGUUACCGAAGUACAAGGUUGGUGUUCACAUCCCUAGCUGGUCCUCUUGGUGUGUUUUAGAUGGCUGUCACUUUAUAAGCACGUAUCUGUAACCUGCCCACUUACCCAUCUGUCUUUACGGAGCCAUUUCUCCUCAAAUAUCAAGUCACCUCUGAUCCUUGAGUUUAAUUAAAACACCAGGGCUCCUUGUGGACCAACACAUUC